GCGUGUUAACUGUCUUUUAGCCUUUACCGCAAACCGUAUGUAGUUCACUAUCACGACUUUGGCUCUACGACAUCUACCCAAAAUCGUCCACAAUGUCACACAACAGCAAAAGUUAUCGAAAAAAAUCGACAAAAAAACUGUUUUAACUUUAAAAAAUUGAUAUUCUAAUCAAACAAGCACGACUAAGUCAGUCUUCUUCAAAUGCCGGCAGUGAAAUGCCAGAAACUCAAAGUCAGGUCAAGAAAGUGAGUCAAAACAAGUGGAUAAAAUUAGCGAACCAGAAGUUCCGGAAAAGUCGUCGGCUAGUCUGAGUCUGAAAUAUGCUCAAAUGACGACACAGACGAUGAAGUAAUUGUUCCAGUGCCAGAUGCACACAAGUUUUCAAGUCCAAAAUAUGAAAUGAGAUACACAUGGUUGUACUAUAAUGUAACCAAACCUGGAUACUGUUGCAAGGUAUGUGAGCUAUUCUGCCCUGUCCUUCUACACAAUAAUACAUACAAUCCAUUUGUUGUGGGAAUUUCAAGCUUAGUGUAGCACCCUGCUAGAAAACUUGAGGGUCACUCCAGUUCAAAGACACACAUUGAAGCCAUGAAAAAUAAUAAUCUUGCUACCUCAACAGGUUCAACUAGGAAAGGAGUUUAUAGCAUGCUGUUAAGACAACAUGACAACGUAGUUGCUGAAAACAGGUCUUACUUUGCCUGUCUAAUAAGAACAACCUUCUUUGCAGUAAAAAAGCACUGGGCUUCAGAUUCAGUUAAGGACUUAAUGCAACACAUACAAGAUGUUGGUAAAGAGGCUGAGCAGUCACAGGGUAGACUCUUCACCCCUACCUGUCCUCGCAAUCUGUGAGUGAAUUACUAAAAUGCAUAGAUUGUGUUGUUGAACAAGACAAUUUAGACAAACUACAAAAGGCAGAGUCAUUUGCCUUGUUGGCAGACAAAUCUUCAGAUGAAGCCCAUCGUGAACAGUUUGCAGUUCUGGUUAGAUUUAAGGACUGCGGAUAAUCAAGGAACUGUUCUUAGGUAUCAUCAAAUUAAAGCGGACUGAUGCAGAGUCUCUUAUAACAGUUAUACAGACCUUUCUCACAAGAAAAGGGGUGGAUAUCACAAAAGCUGUCUUUGUCGGAUUUGAUGAAUGCAAUGUUAUGUCUGCUGAAAACAAAAGGUCUGCAGCGGCAGUUUCGACACAUUGUUUCACAUCAGCUCUACGUGAACUGCAGACACCAUAAACAGGCUAUAACUAUCAAGCACCUUAUCAACGACAAUCCUAUUGUGGAUCAGGUUGACAGUCUCCUGCUGUCAGUGUGGAAAAUGUUCCAUUACUCCCCUAAAAAGUUUGCAACCCUUCAAGAGAUACAGGCAACAUAUGGACUGCCAAAACUGAGGAGGAUUCAUGCAAGUGCCACAAGAUGGCUGUCACAUGGAAGGGCCUGCAUAGGCUUGUGGACAGAUAUUUUGCUGACCUGAUUGAUGAGCUUCAUUACCUCAUUUGACACUUUCAAGCAAGCCUCUUUCAACCAGAUGGUGGUCUGUACCUUGAUAAAAUGGAAGAGUUCUUCACAGAAAUUGACAAUCGGACUGCUUUAGCUAGACGCCUU